AUGACUCGAAGGUCUGGAGAAGAGCCACGAGAAGCUUUCACUAACGCUAAGGAAAGUUUCCAACAACAGUACGCCGACUUUCCGGGAGAGGAAGAAGGUGAUGAUCACGAUGAGUACGCCACUUUUGGAGAAGGGAUUGCGGACGAUGACGAUGACGACUUGUAUCAGCCAAGCCCAAAGCGAAUACGUACUCAGCCCGGCGACAGCGACGAAGAUGGAGACGAAGACCAACCCAUGUUCGACGAAGUAGCAUAUAAGCAAGCCAACAUCCCAUCCCAUCGCUCUGCAAAAGCCAAGCAAACAGACCAAGAGGAAGAACGACCAUGCCCAUCCUGGCACCCAUCAACGCCUCAACCCGACGAAGAUGACGAAGAAUUCAAACCUGUUCUCGAUCGAAAUGGAGAGAUCAUGCAAGAUGUUGACCAGUCCAAACCAACGAAUACAGGAGCAUCACUUCAAAAGUCUCCCAGCUUGGGCGAGUUAGAUUUAGAGAUUGUUUUGGCUGAAGCGAGUGAGAAGUUGGCAAGAUUGAAGUUGGAGAGGUAUAGGAAGAUGCGUGGAGGUGGUGGAAGUUCUUGUCGAGGAGAUUGUUUGGGACCAUGA